AGUAGGUUUGCGAAUCGCAACCCUUUGGGCUGCAAUUUUUUAUUACACUUCGAGUUAUUAAGCUGAUUAACAGCUGACAUCAAGCGAAUUACAUUUAAGUAAAUAUACAAACACAAACCGCAAGAAAAGUAAACAAAAUAAGAAGGCGAUAAAGUAUAAAAGAAGUGAAAACUGCUAAACAAGAGAUUAAUACAUAAAGCUAGUAAGGAUAAAAAAAAGAAGUCAUUUAACAUUUUCGUGUGCUACAUAUAAUGGUAGAUUCUGAUAUUGAUCAUAAAAACGUCAGCAUAGAUGUAAAAGACGGUGAUAAAUUACAAAACGGCAUUGGUUCCACAGAAUCAGAAACAAAUACCAGCAAAAAAUCAAUUCAACCACAAAUUCAAGCUGCUGUAAUUCCCACAUCAGGUUCAAUCGGACCUCUUCGGACGAGCGAUAAGAAUCAAAUUAUACGAGAGGAGCAGUAUCGUCCAUUCGAUCCAGAACGUGGCGAUGGAGUAGUUGAAAUAUUUAAUCCACUCCCACCGCCAUACUCGAUCAAUGACUCACAACGUGCUGACUUUGAAGCCGCCAUAGAGCUUACGGGUUAUGGAAAAUUCCAUUAUAUAUUGCUGGCAAUAUGCGGUCUCGUGAGUACAAGUGAGGAAAUGGAUGUGAUAUCCAUGAGCUUCAUCUUACCAUCGGCACAGUGUGAUUUGAAUCUGAAUACCCACACGAAAGGAUGGCUAAAUUGUAUUAUUUUUAUUGGCAUGAUGGUUGGUGCAUAUGCAUGGGGAUCAAUAGCUGACUCAUUAGGGCGAAAACGUGUACUCAUCGUGAUAUCCUUCAGUAAUGCUUUAUUUAUCGUUGCAUCAUCAUUUUCACAAAAUUUUGAGUUUUUCAUGCUCUUCCGUUUCCUCAAUGGUGCUGCACUUGGUGGCGCUGGACCUGUCAUUUGGAGUUAUUUUGCAGAGUUCCAACCGAGUCAUAAACGUGGAUCAAUGUUGAGUUUUAUGGCUGCUUUUUGGACAAUUGGAAAUUUACUUGUUGCAUCAAUGGCAUGGCUGAUUAUUCCUACAAACGUUGGAUUUGAGACUCAUGAGUUUGUCUACAACUCAUGGCGUGUCUUCUUAGUCAUUUGUGCUAUUCCAAGCUUUAUUGUUGGAAUCUUGUUGCUUUACUUGCCAGAAUCUCCAAAAUUCCUCUUAUCAUGCGGACGAUUUGAGGAAGCACUUGCCAUAUUCCGUGGUAUUUAUGUUACAAAUACUGGAAAUGAUCCUUCAAUGUAUCCCGUAAAAGAAUUACUCAUUGACGACAAACUCAGAGCGGAGCUCGAGGAAGUCAAGAAGCCAAUUAAGAACAAAUACAAGAGAACUUGUGUAAAUAUUAUUGAAAAAAGUAAGCAGCUUUUCCAGAGUCCAAUCCUCAAAUUUACAGUUGUGUCAAUUGUCAUCAACUUUACAUUUCAUAUUGGAUAUUAUGGAUUGAUGAUGUGGUUCCCAGAACUUUUUAAUCGUUUCGAUGACUUUGCUGAAGCACAUCCAGAUAUUAAGGAUGUUGGUGUCUGUGAAGUUACAAAUUUCGUCGUCAAACAGAAAUCAGCUCUUGGACAUGAGUGCAAUGACGACAUUCCAAGUACCGUAUUUAUGGAAUCUUUGAUCACUGUUGCUGCUGCACUUCCUGCUAAUGUCAUUGCGGUCCUUGGAAUGGAUCGUCUUGGACGAAAGUUCUUCAUGGUCGGUGGAACAGUCUCAGCUGGUAUUUGCUCGAUGUUGAUGUAUUUCGUAUCUAACAAAAUUGAAAAUCUUAUUGUCAGUGCCACAUUCAGUGCUGUGAUAUCAUGCGCUAAUGCUGCUUUAGAUUGUCUCAUCACUGAAGUCUUUCCAACAAAUUUGAGAGCAACAGGAGUUGCUAUUUCUAUGGUUGCAGCUCGUCUUGGUGGAAUUAUUGGAAAUGUCGUGAUUGCUACACUCCUCGACACAUACUGUCCGGCUCCAACAUUCAUAGUAGCUGCAUUGCUCGCUGGUGGUGGUCUAAUGUGCCUGUUCCUACCAAAUACAACUCGAAAAGCACUUUCUUGAUAUUCAAAAAAUUAAUUAAUUAAUUUUAUUGUUAAACCGAAUUUUUUUUCUAAUUCAUUUAACAUUCAUCAGAUAACAUCGGACAUGAUAGUGUUGAUUUUAUCAUUGAUUAUUUUAUUAUUGUAUACCUUUUGCUAUAUUCAUAAGAGAAACCGUAUUAUUUGUAGGAUAUACAUAAGCUGAAAAAAAUAUUCU